AUGAGCGGCAGCAGGUACCCCGUGGAGGUGAAGGCUGUGGGCGUCAUGCAGUGCCAAAGGCACAAGAACUACAUGAUGUCUGUGUCCUGGUCGGAUCGAAACAGCAUUCUCAUCUACCGGACAUUUGAAGAAUUUAAGAGACUCCAUAAGGAGCUGAAGAGAAAAUUCCCCAUCGAGAGCGGGUCCCUGAGGAGGUCGGACCGGGCGCUUCCCAAGUUGAAAGAUGCAAGUGGGAAGCAGAGAAGGAGCGGGAAGUUGAGCAAGUCCUUAGAGAGGCUGAGGCUGCUGGAAACGUAUUCCCAGGAGCUGCUGAAAAUGGAUGCGAAGAUCUCCCAGAGCGAGACCCUCACGCAGUUUUUCAAGGCACAAACCCGGGACCUGGAGCCUUCCUUUCCCGAAAACAGUGUCGUGAUCAUGCCGUCAGAAAUUGGAGCGGAGAAGAAGAAAGGGCGGCAGCAGCAGCACGUGCCCUCCAUCACACAGCCGCAGGCAUCGCAGAGCUACAGGUGCAUCGAGGCCUUUGAAACCAAAGACACCAAAAACAAGACCUUCAAAGUGGCCAAGAAGGAAAUCGUUGAGGUGCUGAUCAAGGACAUGACGGGGUGGUGGCUGGUGGAGAACGCGGACAAGCAGAUCGCCUGGUUCCCGGCCCCGUACCUGCAGGGGCUGGACGCGCGCGGGGACGGCCCCAGCGCCCCGAGCUGCCAGGAGGACGGCUGCCUGUACUUUGCGGCGCGAGCCUACGAGUCUCAGGAGGCGGACGAGCUCUCGCUGAACAACGGCGUGCUCGUGGAGGUGGUGAGGAAGUCCGAGGACGGCUGGUGGCUGAGCCGGUACAACGGCCGGACCGGCUACAUCCCCUCCAUGUGCCUGCAGCCCUACAGGAACCCGCACUGCUGGCUGCAGUGCAUCGCCCUGGAGGACGGCGAGGUGCAGGCUCACCCUGCCCAUGAGCAGACCCAGAGGUGGAAACCUCUGCCCAGGGCCAGCUCCACUUCCCACCUGGAGAGCGACAGCUCGUCGCUCAGCUCGGGCAGCGAGCCGGGCAGGCCGGGCUGGCAGGGCGACCUGUGCCGGUCCCAGGUCCGGAGCCCUGCCCCGGCACCCCGCGACACCCAGUGCCCGCACCUCACCCAGCGAGACAGGAACGAUUCCAGCUUCGCGGAGCCGCGCGCGGCCCCUUCCAGCUGCUCCCUCGACUCAGAGGCGGCCACCUGCACCCCCCAGGUGCCCACGCGGCCCUCGGCGCUCGAGAUCCUGCAGCGCUGCAGCACUGUCACCAGGCGAGCCGUGCGCGCGGCGCCGCAGGCGGCCCUGCCGCAGAGCAUGCAGUAG